GCGCGCAGGGCCCCUCUUGCGGCGCGGGCGCUCCUUCAGCACCGCGGACAGCGCCCCGCCCGCGGCAUGGCCCUGCGCUCCAGCCCCGCAGCGCUGCUGCUGGGCUUCGGCCUCCUCGGGCUGCGCGCCGGAGUCUCAGGUACUGACACGGAGGAGCGGCUGGUAGAGCAUCUCCUGGAUCCUUCCCGGUACAACAAGCUCAUUCGUCCAGCCACCAAUGGCUCAGAGCUGGUGACAGUACAGCUCAUGGUGUCCCUGGCCCAGCUCAUCAGUGUGCAUGAGCGGGAGCAGAUCAUGACCACCAAUGUCUGGCUGACCCAGGAAUGGGAGGACUAUCGACUCACCUGGAAGCCUGAGGAGUUUGACAACAUGAAGAAAGUUCGGCUCCCUUCCAAACACAUCUGGCUCCCAGAUGUGGUUCUGUACAACAAUGCUGACGGCAUGUACGAGGUGUCCUUCUAUUCCAACGCCGUGGUCUCCUACGACGGCAGCAUCUUCUGGCUGCCGCCCGCCAUCUACAAGAGCGCGUGCAAGAUCGAAGUGAAGCACUUCCCGUUCGACCAGCAGAACUGCACCAUGAAGUUCCGCUCGUGGACCUACGACCGCACGGAGAUCGACCUGGUGCUCAAGAGUGACGUGGCCAGCCUGGACGACUUCACCCCCAGCGGCGAGUGGGAUAUCGUGGCGCUGCCCGGCCGGCGCAACGAGAACCCGGACGACUCCACGUACGUGGACAUCACGUACGACUUCAUCAUCCGCCGCAAGCCGCUCUUCUACACCAUCAACCUCAUCAUCCCCUGCGUGCUCAUCACCUCGCUGGCCAUCCUCGUCUUCUACCUGCCGUCCGACUGCGGCGAGAAGAUGACUCUGUGCAUCUCCGUGCUACUGGCACUCACCGUCUUCCUGCUGCUCAUCUCCAAGAUCGUGCCGCCCACCUCCCUGGACGUGCCGCUCGUCGGCAAGUACCUCAUGUUCACCAUGGUGCUCGUCACCUUCUCCAUCGUCACCAGCGUGUGCGUGCUCAACGUGCACCACCGGUCUCCCAGCACGCACACCAUGGCGCCCUGGGUCAAGGUCGUCUUCCUGGAGUGGCUGCCCGCGCUGCUCUUCAUGCGGCAGCCGCGGCCCCGCUGCGCUCGCCAGGGCCUGCGCCUGCGGCGGCGGCAGCACGAGCGCGAGGCGGGCGCCCUCCUCUUCCGGGAAGCCCGCGGGGAGCCGCGCUCGGGGCCGGCGCGAGGCGGAGCGGGGGCGGGCGGCUGCGGCCUCCGCGCGGCGGUGGACGGCGUGCGCUUCAUCGCGGACCACGUGCGCAGCGAGGACGACGACCAGAGCGUGAGUGAGGACUGGAAGUACGUUGCCAUGGUGAUCGACCGCCUGUUCCUUUGGAUCUUUGUCUUCGUUUGUGUUUUUGGCACCAUUGGCAUGUUCCUGCAGCCUCUCUUCCAGAACUACUCCACUGCUCCCUUUCUGCACGCAGACCACUCAGCACCCAGCUCCAAGUGAGGCCCUCCUGGCUCCGC